AUGGUCUCACCUAUUCUGAAGAUCGGGGUUGACGUGGGCGGCACGAACACGGACGGCGUCAUCCUCGACCCGACGGCCUCCACGUCCCCGGGCCGCGGCAUCCUCGCCGCCCACAAGGCCAGCACGACCGCCGACCCCAGCGACGGCAUCGCCGCCGUCAUCGCCCGGCUGCUCCGGGACUCGUCCGCCGACCCGGCGGGCGUCGCCAGCGUCACGAUCGGCACGACGCACUUCGUCAACGCCGUCGUCGAGGGCGACGCCACGCGCCUCGCCCGCGUCGCCGUCGUGCGCCUCUGCGGGCCCUUCUCGGCCGACAUCCCCGCCGGCGUCGACUGGCCCCCGCGCCUGCGGGCCGUCGUCUGCGCCCACCGCGGGCUCGUCGGCGGCGGGCUCGAGAUCGACGGGGACCUCAUCGCCGAGCUCGACGAGGACGCCGUGCGGCGCGAGGCCGAGGCCAUCAGGGCCAAGGGCAUCCGCAGCGUCGUCGUCGCGGGCAUCUUCAGCCCCGUCGACGUCGUGCACAGGCAGGAGGAGCGCGCGGCCGACAUCGUCCGCGCCGUCCACCCGGCCGCCGACGUCGUCCUGUCCAAGGACGUGGCCCACAUCGGCUUCCUCGAGCGCGAGAACGCCGCGAUCCUCAACGCCUCCAUCCUCCCCUUCGCCCGGCGCACGAUCCGCGCCUUCCGGCGCGCCGUCGCCCGCCUCGGCCUGACGUGCCCCGUCUUCGUCACCCAGAACGACGGGACGGUCCUCCCCGCGGCCGCCGCGGCGAGGCUGCCCAUCCGGACGUUCUCGAGCGGCCCGACGAACAGCAUGCGCGGCGCGGCGUUCCUGACGAGGAACCUCGGCGGGGGGGAGGAGGAGGCGAUGAUGGUCGUGGACAUUGGGGGGACGACGACGGACGUCGGGCUGCUGCUGGCGAACGGGUUCCCGAGGCAGGCGGCGGCGUAUAGCGAGGUGGCGGGGGUGAGGACGAACUUUUCGUGUCCCGACGUGAAGAGCAUCGGGCUCGGAGGCGGGUCCAUCGUUCGAAAAGGGGCGGACGGCGGCGGCCUGGUGAUCGGGCCGCAGAGCGUCGGGUACCGGAUCCGGCAAAAGGCGUUGGUGUUUGGCGGCGACGUCGCCACGACGACGGACUACACCGUGCUGGCGGAUCCCGGGGCGGACAUCGGAGACCGGGCCCUGGCAGAGCGGGCCGGUCUUCGGGACGACCUCCCCGAGUUCAAGGCCAAGGUCAGGACGAUGCUCGAGCGCAUAAUCGACACGAUGAAGACGUCCCCGGAGGACAUCCCCGUCGUGCUGGUUGGGGGCGGCGCGGUGAUCGCGCCGGAUGCGCUGACCGGGGCGAGCAGGGUGAUCAAGCCGGAGUGGGCCGGCGUCGCGAACGCCAUCGGCGCCGCGACGGCCAGGGUCGGCGGCGUGGUGGACUCGAUCGAGAGCACGGAGACCAAGAGCUCGGCGGAGGUCAUCGAAGAGUUGUCGCAGAGGGCCGUGGACAAAGCGGUCGAGAACGGGGCCUCGAGAGAAUCCGUCACCGUUGCGGAAAUCGAGAACUUCCCGCUCCAGUAUAUCGCCAACAAGGCGCGCAUAAUCGUCAAAGCCGUGGGCGACUUUGAUUUCUCCAGGACCGGAACCGCCGACGCAGAUCCGAUCCCCGAUGUGGCUGGGGACGACACCGAUGAGCCCAGCCUUGCUGGUGACAGGCAGAUGAUGAGCAGCAGCGACGACGGCGAGUCGCCAUCCCUGUCAACAAGCUACUCGAAGACGUACAUUGACGGCUACAGGCCGAAAGUCAUUGACCGACAGUGGCAUCUCUCCGAGACCGACCUCGACUGGAUCACGAUAGGUUGCUACAUUCUCGGCACGGGCGGUGGCGGGUCGCCGUACCAGCACUCGCUCAGGCUCCGAGAGAUGAUGCGCGGCGCCGGGGCGACCGUCCGGAUCGUCUCGCCGUUCGACCUGAAGGACGACGACAUCGUGGCCUGCGGCGGCGGCAAGGGCUCCCCGCAGGUGUCGAUCGAGAAGCCGUAUGGCGACGAAAUCAUGGAGUCGCAGAGGGAGCUCUACGCGUACCUCGGAACGAAACCCACGGCCGUCAUCUCGCUCGAGAUCGGCGGCGGCAACGGCCUCCAGGGCCUGAUCCUCGGCGCGAGCACGAACCUCGACGUGCCGACCGUCGACGGAGACUGGAUGGGCAGGGCGUACCCCAUAUCCCACCAGACCACGCCGGUGGUGUUCGAGAAGAAGGCGACGAUGAUUCCGUCGUGCAUUUCGGACGGCAACGGCAGGAUAAUGCUCAUGACGAAAGCCCGCACGGAGCUUGACGCCGAGCGGGCGUUCCGCGCCGCCCUCUCGCAGAUGGGCUCGCACGUCGGCUGCGCCAAGGGCCCCGUCAGCGGGCGCGACGCAAAGUCGUGGGUCGUCGAGAACACGGUGUCGCUGUCCUGGCGCAUCGGCCGCGCGGUCGCGCUGGCGCGGUGCACCAACACUAUGGACGCCGUCGCCGAGGCGAUCGUGGACCAGGUCGGCGGGGAGGAGUCGGCGCGGGUGCUCUUCCGAGGCAAGAUCGUCGGCGUCGAGAGGGUCACGAGGGCCGGGCACGCGUACGGCGAGGUCGUCAUCGAGAGCGGCGCGUCGUUGAAGAUCCCGUUCAAGAACGAGAACAUUCUCGCCAAGAAGGUUCACGGCGACGGGACGGAGGAGAUUCUAACAAUCGUGCCGGACCUCGUGUGCGUCAUCGACGCUCAGAACGGCGAGGCCAUCGGCACGCAGGAGUACCGGUACGGCCUGCUUGUGGUGGUGCUCGGUAUCACGGCCUCGGAGAAGUGGACCUCGACGGCGCGGGGCAUCGAGAUCGGCGGGCCGAAGGGGUUCGGCAUGGAUGAUCUGGAGUAUGUUCCGCUCAGAAAGUUCAAGAAGCCCAGGAGCGUCAUUGAAGAGUUUGGGGUUUAG